AUGGCUUCAACAUUUUCAGUUGAGAAGGCUAGGGCUCAGUUCCCAGCUUUGGCAAAAAACCAGAUCUUUGGCGACAACGCUGGUGGAAGUCAAGUGCUUGGCACAGUCGCAAAGAGCAUCUCGGAAUACCUCGUGAACAACAACGUGCAACUGGGUGCAAGCUACAAAACAUCCAAGAUCUCAACGGAGACUUUCGACAGGGCGUACAAGGUUGCCGCCGAUUACGUUAAUGCUGAUGUCGGUGAAAUUGUAAUUGCACCCUCAACAACUCAAGCUUUCCGUAACCUUGCAGCAGCUCUCAAGUUGAAGGCUGGCGAUGAAGUUAUUCUUUCCGAAGUUGACCAUGAGUCCAACAUUGACCCUUGGCUCCACUAUGCAACUCUCGCGGGCGCAACGGUGAAGUGGUGGGCACCUCCUGAUCACUCAAACCCAAAACUCGAUGUGGCGGCACUUCGGAACCUGUUGACACCGAAGACUCGUUUUGUAGCUUGUACACACGCUAGUAAUAUCCUGGGAAGCAUUCAUGAUAUCAAGGCAUUUGCAGAUAUUGUGCACGCAGUCCCAGGGGCCCUACUCUGUGUCGACGGUGUUGCUUAUGCGCCGCACCGUGCGAUUGAUGUAAAGGAGAUUGGGGCUGAUUUCUAUGCGUUUUCUUGGUACAAGGUGUACGGUCCGCACAUAUCUUUGCUGUACGGAUCCUUCAAGGCACAGGAGCAGCUGCAGUCACUUGGACACUACUUCAAUCCGUCUGGAACUUUGAUGGACAAGCUUGAGCUAGCUGCGGCUAGCUACGAGCUCACACAAGCGGUUAUGCCGCUGGUGGCAUACUUUGGAGAUAACCCGAAGCAGACCUGGGCUCAGAUUGCUCAGCACGAACAAGUCUUGCAGAAGCAUCUACUCGAGUUUCUGAAGUCGCGGCCUGAUGUCUCCAUUCGAGGUGACGUUUCCUCUGCAGCUUCAACCCGGGUUCCCACUGUGAGUUUUACCGUUAAAGGGAAAUCAUCUCGAAGCGUCGUAGAGGGAGUUGAGGCCCAAUCCAUUGCUGGGAUUCGGUGGGGUCAUUUCUUCUCAAAGAGGCUGGCCGAGAAAAUCCUUGGCCUCGGCGAAGAUGGCGUUGUCCGGGUGAGCUUGGUGCACUACAAUACCGGUGAGUUACGCUCUUCAACCUUUUGGAUGAUCCAGAGAGCUGACGUGUCUUCUCGUAUCUAG